UUAAGCCAUGGCAGACAUGGACGAAUUUGCACAGACACGCGGCGCCGAUGACCUGUUUGAUGAUGAAAUCAUCCCGGUCUCAGCGGAGGAACAACAGGCCCAAACGGAGGUAGUGGGGGUACCUGCAGAGCCAGAGCCUACCCCGCGGCAGGAAGAACCCGUCGUUGAGAAACAACCAACUCCUCCAGUCGACACUCCCCACCGCGGUCGUGGGGGAGACCGAGGCCGUGGACGAGGGCGGGGCCAGGGUCAGGGCCAGAGCCGGGGUCAAGGUCCAGCGAAAGGACGCGGCUUGCAGGACUCACAAUGGGCAGACAAGAAGGCGGCUGAAAAGCCUCCACGCCCGCCACGCCACAAGGGUCCCAAGACCCCAAAGGAGCCAGCAACAACUAAACAGCCCGAGCCUGCGGCUCCUGCUCAACCAGAGGCGGGGCCAACUGAGCAAGCUGGCCAGGAGGAUGAGGUGCCGGGGGAGGAGACUACUGGCAAUGGCACUGAACCCCAACGCGUACCGGCUGUCCGUGGGGAUCGAAGUGCUACUGGAGGAAUUCGCAAGCCCAAACUUACCGAGGAAGAACUAUCGAAGCGCAUCGCCGCAGCCAAAGAGAACGCUGCAAAGAAAGCCGCCGCACACGCUCGUGCAGAAGCUGAUCAAGCAUCAUUCCUCGAACGUGAACAAAUCGCGGCCGAGAAGCGACGCAAAGAGGCCGCCAACCGGAAAGUCAUGGAUAACGAGCGUGAGCAGAAUCGACAGCGGAAGCUAAAUGCCCAGACUGGUCGCGAAUGGGACUCCCAGAAGACCGAGGACGACUAUAACCCGCGCGGAGGUGGCAGCCAGUUCCGUCGCGGCAUGCAUGGCGGAGUGUCUGGGUAUACUCGCCGAGACUUUGACGGAGCGUCUGACGAUGGACCUGCCGAUCUUCUCAGCCCUGGGCGUGGGCGUGGGCGUGGUGGGCGCGGCGGCCGUGGUCGUGGAUCUCCCCAUGGGCCCCGAGGAGACCAAGCAUCCUCGAAAGAACCAUUGGAGAGGGGUGGUGCAAAGACCUCUACACCAUCUGUGAAUAAUGAAGCCGAUUUCCCUUCCCUUCCAGCCGGCAAAAAGCCUGCACCUACACCAACCGUGGAAACAAAAGCCAUUGCACAACCUCCGUCUAUGGAGAAGCUUGAGGCUACGAUGUCUCCAUUGACUGGUACUUGGGCUGACCAGGUCGAGGAGUAGACGACAGUGUCUUGGAAACACUAAAAAUUUUGACUUUUUGGACUUUUCCUUGGUUUUUGAUGAUCCCCUUGAUGCAUUAUUCCCGCGACGAAAAUGCUUCCAGACUUGCCCUUGCUUGUUAAUUUGAUAUCCCCGCUUUGUAUUUGGCCCUGUAAAGAAGGAAGUAUAAAUGGAUACUUGGUGCCUCACUCGUCUCUAGUACCUUUGGCACCUCUUAUAUAUCUGAGACCGCGUCUUUUUCCGAUCAUCUACAUUUGUGGAAUUUCUCCUGCCAUUAUCUCUUUUCAGACUCCCUUACGAGCCAGGGUUUUAACCCAAUAGCGGCCACGGCCAGCCCCAUAUACCGACUUAUCCUGGCCGGGUGCUACGCGUUACCCCACUUCAUGCUGGGGGUUCGAGGUCAAUUCAUA